CCCAGUUGUGACGAUUUGGGUCUGCACCGGAAGUGCCUGUGCUGCCGAUGUGGUACUUGGUGAUCGCGGUUUCAUUCGCUAUUCCUCGUUUCCCCGGCUGGGUGUUUGCGUCGCACCAUGGCGCCCAAGGGCAAAGUGGGGACAAGAGGGAAGAAGCAGAUAUUUGAAGAGAACAGAGAGACCCUGAAGUUCUACCUGCGGAUCAUACUGGGGGCCAAUGCCAUUUACUGUCUUGUGACCUUGACCUUCUUCUACUCAUCUGCCUCAUUUUGGGCCUGGGUGGCCCUGGGCUUUAGUCUGGCAGUAUAUGGGGCCAGCUACCACUCAAUGAGCUCCAUGGCACGGGCGGCCUUCUCUGAGGAUGGGGCCCUGAUGGAUGGUGGAAUGGACCUCAACAUGGAGCAGGGCAUGGCAGAUCUCCCUUCUAUCCACAGGCACCUUAAGGAUGUGAUCCUACUGACAGCCAUUGUGCAGGUGCUCAGCUGCUUUUCCCUCUACAUCUGGUCCUUCUGGCUCCUGGCUCCAGGACGGGCCCUUUACCUCCUGUGGGUGAAUGUGCUGGGCCCCUGGUUCACGGCAGACAGUGGUGCCCCAGCGCCGGAGCACAAUGAGAAAAGGCAGCGCCGGCAGGAACGGCGGCAGAUGAAACGAUUAUAGCCACUGACAUUGUGACUACUGGUUGCUGGGCGCUAGGUGGCUCUAUCAGGCUGCAUGGCCCCAUGCUAGGAGUAAUGAGGGCUUAGUCCAGGGGCCAAAAGCAGUCUAAGGCAUAGGAUUGUUGAAUAAAUGGCUUAGAAUGUGGCUAAUGGCUGUGUGAUGAUGAGGC